AUGCAAAGACCUAAUGCCGUGUUCCUGUCCCAAACCCUGCCACAAAGUCUCUGGUUGAUCUGCAAAUACCAGGAACCCGCUAGAAAUAACCAGGUCACUACGAUGCCUUCCGUUCCAGACGCCGAGAUCUAUCCCGAAGCCAGCGGACCAGCAAAAGCGCUGGUCGACAGGCAUCAGGCGGAGCAGCCUUUGAAGCUUCAUGCGGGGUGGUUUUGUUCUUUAGUCCCCACGCUCGCUUGUCCUACGGGACAGAGCGACGGAAAUGACCUCAAGCUCAAGUCAUUCAUCCUGGAGUACUAUGAAGAAGCUUAUCCCGAUCAUCAGCCGCGUCUGCUUCCUGGAGACCCCUACGAGAAAGCCCGCGCAAAGGUCUGGAUGGAUUUUGUAACGACCUGGGUGAUUCCCGCGCUCCAUUGCUUCCUGCAGUACCAGCCUCAGUCCAAGGACGAGGACGUGGCUACUGAGACUGACAAGGUCCGCCAGGAGUUUCUGGCCCGUCUGAAGGAGUCGACCAAAGAGAUGCAUCCCGGGGGACCAACUUUUCUUGGGGAAUCGGAUUUCAAUGCCUGA